CUUAAACAUAUUUCCAUACACCUUUGAUUGACAAAACUUCAACUUCAGAGUUGUAACAGCAGAGCCGUAUAUUCAUCAUAAAGAUAAGUUAUCAACUUCAAAGACAAUUAUAAUGACUACUAUUCUAACAGGGAUCUUGUUUGUGUCGAUGUGUCUUGCAAGUACUGCUGCAUUUUCGCUGUCAUUACAAUCAGGCAUCAUACCAGUGAGCGCAGGAACUAAUGUGAAAUACAACAAGGACAUUAAUCUUCCCGCAAAUAGUGGAUAUGAUAAGGCUACGGGUGUUUUUACUGUUCCAACUACUAACGGAGCUGGUACUUACAUAAUAUCUGUUACCAUGAUGUCUGGCUUUAAAUCCGCUCACCUUAAUGUAAUGAAGGGAACAACUAUUUUGGGGUGGCUUUUCACUGAUAAAACUUAUAACAUGGCAUCACUAACUAUCGACGCUGUUCUGGCAGCCAACGAGCAGAUUUCUGUACAGAUGAAGUUUGGAUCGGAGUUGUUUGAUGUUUAUAACACUUUCAGCGUAACUAAGAUAGCCUAAAUAUGAGACAAUAGUUUACCAUAUCACCCUACAACAUACCGUGGACCAAAACAUAUAAUAAGCAGUGAAUACUAUUAAUAAAAGUUUACCAUUUUUA